CCAACAAUUUGGACGAGAGUAAGAAUGAUGAUUUAGAUGAUAUUACAGAUAGAUUAUUGGCAAGGUUAGAGGCUACACAUAUCGAUAACGAAAUAAAGACGCCUACACAACCCAAAAUUGAUGAAAACAUCAGAAAACCAAAGAUAAACAGGCAGCAAGAAAGAAAGAGGAGAAAGGCGGCCAAGCUAGCUGAGAUGCAACGCGAAGCCGAGGAAGAUGCAAAUAAUCAAGUCAAUAUGAGAGAAGUGGAACUCAAUGCAAUUAAAGAUUUGGCUGAAAGAAUGGGAUUAAUUGUUGAAGAGAUCGUACCAGAUGGUCAUUGUCUUUACAAUGCCAUAUCCGACCAAUUACGAAUAAGGUAUCAAAUGGAGGCAGAUUACAAGAAGAUAAGGAAGGGUGUUGCAGCCUACAUGCGUAAUAAUGUUGAUGAAUUCGUAGCGUUUAUACCAAAUACUCAAGACGGAGAACUUUGCAGUCUGGAGCAAUUCAAUAAAUACUGUGAUGAUAUAGAGAAUACUGCGGUGUGGGGCGGUGAAAUUGAGUUACGAGCAAUUUCGAAGGUUUACAAAGUUCCUGUCCAUAUUGUACAGAUGGAUUCUCCAUUGUUAAAGAUGUCUGAUGACGAAUUUCCCGGAAAAGAACCAAUGACCAUUUCAUUUCAUAGGUACAUGUAUGGAUUAGGGGCUCAUUAUAAUUCACUCCGGACUACAUUGUAG